UGUGGACGGACACCCCGUGAGUGUGCGUCCUCGUAUUUGGGAGCGUCUGUGUGUUGGCCAAGGUUGGAGCAGAGCAGGUGGCCCCGGGAGGGCUUGGCCUGGCUGGCUUCCCAUGAUCCAGAGCCCACACUGUCUCCACCUCCCUGUGUCUCAGGAGCCCACAACACUGCCUACCCUGAGAAAUGCUGGAAGCUGGGUGCGGCCCCAGGCGGGGGACCUGUUUUUCCUGUUUCCUGCAGAGUUCCCUGCAGCCCUGUCCAAGCCUGUGCAUUCAUGAGUGAGGAACCUGAGCGGGCACUGAGCAUCCUGACAGCGAGAGCAAGGGCCGGUCAGGGCAAUGGCCGCAGGCCCGGGCCUCUGGAACGGCACCAACAAUGACACGUGGUAUGGGGAUGAGCUGGGCUACAAGUGCCGCUUCAACGAGGACUUCAAGUACGUGCUGCUGCCUGUGUCCUACGGUGUGGUGUGCGUGCUCGGGCUGUGUCUGAACGUCGCCGUGCUCUACAUCUUCCUCUGCCGCCUCAAGACAUGGAACGCCUCCACCACCUACAUGUUCCACCUGGCGGUGUCCGACGCGCUGUACGCGGCCUCCCUGCCGCUGCUGGUCUAUUACUACGCCCGCGGCGACCACUGGCCCUUCAGCACGGUGCUCUGCAAGCUGGUGCGGUUCCUCUUCUACACCAACCUUUACUGCAGCAUCCUCUUCCUCACCUGCAUCAGCGUGCACCGCUGCCUGGGGGUCCUGCGCCCACUGCGCUCGCUGCGCUGGGGCCGGGCGCGCUACGCCCGGCGGGUGGCAGCCGCCGUGUGGGUGCUGGUGCUGGCCUGCCAAGCGCCCGUGCUCUAUUUCGUCACCACCAGCACACGCGGCAACCGCAUCACCUGCCACGACACCUCGGCCCCUAAUCUCUUCAGCCACUUCUUGGUCUACAUCUCGGUCAUGCUGGGCCUGCUCUUCGCGGUGCCCUUCGCCACCAUCCUGGUCUGCUACGUGCUCAUGGCGCGGCGGCUGCUCAAGCCGGCCUACGGGACCGCGGGCGGCCUGCCGCGCGCCAAGCGCAAGUCCGUGCGCACCAUCGCCGUGGUCCUGGCGGUUUUCGCCCUCUGCUUCCUGCCUUUCCACGUCACCCGGACCCUCUACUACUCCUUCCGCUCGCUGGACCUCAGCUGCCACACCCUCAACGCCAUCAACAUGGCUUACAAGAUCACCCGGCCGCUGGCCAGUGCCAACAGUUGCCUUGACCCCGUGCUCUACUUCCUGGCUGGGCAGAGGCUUGUGCGCUUUGCCCGGGACUCCAAGCCACCCACGAAUCCCACUCCUACUGCCCAGGCUAGCCGCAGGCUGGACCUGCGCAAGUUUCAUAGAACUGACCCCAAGGCAGAAGACGGGUCAGCCAGCAGUGAGAACUCCAGCAGGCAGUCCCCGUUGGCUGGUGGUGGGAACACUAAGGACAUCAGGCUGUAAGGCCUAAACCCCUCCGGCCUGUGCAAGCUUGUAUGGGGGACGCUGUAGGGGCUAUGACUUGCUCAAAUGAGGUGGUCUCCCCAGAUAUGGAUCAUCAUGACUCAUGCUGAUGGUCAAGGGAGCCAUGACCCCAACGCUCUGUCACUCGGCAGGGGCUCAGGACACUCUGUGGUCCGCGAGCUCAACAGUCCCCCACAGCCCCAUCGCCAUUUGUAUGUGUCAAUUGGGGAAUAAGGUUUCAAGAAGGAAAGGGUUCAGGGCCUGACUCACCCACAAAAAUAGCUGGCCGUGCCUGCCAAGGGACCUAGGCUAGAGCCCUGCUGAACCAAGUCAAAUAGAGAAACAGGCCAAGAGAGGCAAGUGACUUACCAACGUCACACAGAGGCUCUGGGCCUGAGCUACCUGGGAGGGGUGGGGUCCCAGGCUGACUAGAGGACCCUGGUUGCAGCCAGUGCUGAGCCAGGGCUUCCCACAGGGGAACUGGGGCCGGUCUGGGUGCCACAGUGGACUAAGCAAUGAGAAGUACCCCCAGCCCAAGAGAUGAACAUCUGGAAACUGAUUCAUAAACCCAUCUGGAGGCUCCCGUGGGCUGGGAGCCAGUUUGAGGCUGUAACUCAUACUAAAAGUGUUGUUGUCUGCUA